AUGCCUGUACUCGCUACGUGCCGCUCCAAGUUCCGUUGGAGAUUCGUGCUCCCGGUGCAUGCGGAGAGCCGGCCGGAUUUGGAUGAACGUCAAAAUCCGGUGGCCGGUCUCGACUACUGUCCAAUCCCAAAGAAUGGCUCUUCAAAUAUGAAGCGAACGAUGUGCCGCCUGUAUUACGCGUAUCACGGAACGAAGCCACCGAGAGGCUUCAAGGAUUUGAACCGCUGCGACAUCACUGAAAACUGGUUGACCCUGGUUGGAAAGCGGCCGACGUGGAAGGCGAAUACUGUGAAAAUUGUUGUGCUGAGGGAUCCGUUGCGGCGGUUCGCUUCCGCUUACGAGUACCUGUGCAAGGAACGAAAGCGCUGCGGGAGAUCCGGGAAGACGAUCCACACCUUUGCACGCAUGGCUUAUAAGUUGUUGGCCAAGGGAAAAUCAAAGCUCCCGAAAAACCCAGAUACGAUGCAUCUGAGACGCCACGUCGCGCCCCAGUCAUGGUUUUGCCAGGGACCUCAACGGCUAGAAAUCAUGCUUGAUGAUUCGAAUCCCAACCAUCUAGCCAAGGAGAUGAGCGACGUUUUUGAGAGGACAAACGUUCCCGAAAGGGUGUCGAGGAAGCUCCUCGCCAACCUUCGACGCGGCAAGCGCCAAGGCAAACUGAGCAGCAACGACGACCUGACUCAAGAAGUUCUGAGCAACACCAAGACGCUCUCCUUAUUCCUCUACAUGUACUACAACGACUACAAGACGUUUCAAUUAACGCCCAGCACCCAGUUGCAGAAGGCCGUGGAGAAUCGGCUGGGGAAGAAGGUGCUCGUGAACUUGCGGAGCAAGAAUUUU